CGACGGACGUGCGUCGCGUCGAGUCGCGCGACGUCAGCGUAUAGACGUCGUAUCUCGAUAGCGCGGCAUGCGCCGGCCUAUUAAGCGCCACGAGUCCGUCGAUCAGUGGACCCUCCUCCUUGACUAAUCGCUCGCCGUACUUUGACCGUGUCGUGAGACAAUCGUGCUCAAUCCCGCGCAUCGGAUCGUCGCACCGUUCUCUUCGCUCUCGUUCACCUUCUGUCCGUUUCUCGCCGCCGCUCGGAGGGAGUCGGCCGCGACGACGCCCGACGCGAGAAAAGAUUAAAGAGAUGUUUUCGAAAUGGAGUUGGAUUGCUUUUAAUCUCAUUGUCUACGUAACCACUGCCCCACACAACGGAACUUUCCUGAAGACAGAAGCUAGAGCUUUCUUCGAAUUAAUCGAGUUAGAUUAUGAAGAUGUGUGUUACAACAAUGCCAAUGUUCAGUGGUCAUUUAUGGUGUCACCUUCCAAUAAAACAUUGUCAACAUGGGAAACACAGGAGUAUGGUUAUACGGAAUUUACAAAAACGCGAAAAAACGAAGUGAUCAAUAAAAUACAGAAUACAAAAGAACAGCUAGAACCAGCACUUCAAUAUAAAUACGAUGUGAUUGAGACACCUGGCGACACGCUGCUAAAAGACGAAGAUUGGAAGAAGCUUGUACAUUUCGCUGGCGUUGUGGAAUUGCAACGGUCAAUUAUCAGUCAUGUGAAUAAGUCGCACAACUAUUCGAGACAAGAUGUGGAAUAUUUGCUCUCUCAUAGUGGAAAACUCAAGGAUAAGCAAAUUGCUUGGAACGCUUGGUAUCGCCAAUAUGUAUCAUUAGUAACCAAUUACUCGAGCAAUUUACCACUCCUUGCUGAAGCUGCACAACAAAACGGUGCGAAAAAUGUUGAGGAAUAUUGGGAAAUGCUGUCAGGAUAUUCUGGCGGAUAUGAUAAAAUAAACAGUGAAUGGAGUCGGAUUAAUAAUCUUUAUGGAAAGAUUGUAAAAUUUAUUGGUACAAACUUGGCUCGAAAGUAUGAUAUUACUAUAAAUGAUACACUUCCGGCUUAUUUACUCGGUAGUUUACAAGGAUACGACUGGACGGAUAUAUCAUCAGACGUGUUACCCAACUCAGAGUUGAUCUACAAUCUCAAAAAAAAUUUGUGGGGAAAGAAAUAUGUGGGGAAAUCUCUAUACAAGACUGCAUCCAGCUUGGGUUCAAUACUGUUGAAGCAAGUUCCGCAAGCGGAAUUUUGGGAUAAGAGUGAAUUUAACCGACAGUGCCCCUCCAGACUAUUGAACUUUUGUCGAGAUGGUACAAUGAGAGUUUCUACCUGUUCCAAAGCUACAAUAAGCAAUUUCUUGACAGCGCAUGAAGAUGUCGGCAAGGUACUAUUUAAUCAAAUGACUGUAGAAAACACUCCCGUUCUCGAUACAGUUAACAGAUAUUCCGGGUUAGAAGAAGGUAUAUCGACACUACUUGGAAUACUAUCGGCAAGUCCUGCAUGGCUCAGCCAUACUCAUUUAAUGAAUGCUACUACGGAUAAUGACCAACAAAUUGUGUCUUUAAUGAUAACCGCUCUCAAGAUACUUCCACGAUUAGCCUAUUAUUACUCCGCUGAUUUAUGGAGAUUAAAUGCGAUUCAAGAGAAUAUCACAGAUCCGGCAGAAUUGGUAGCAUCUUGGUGGAAGUACAGGCAACAGUACGAAGGUGUCUCUUCUACUAAUAUGGAUAAUCCAACAUUCAUGGAUGAUAGUCAUAUUGUUAGAAAUAGACCAUAUCUUCCCAAAAUUCUUGGAACGAUGCUAUCUUUUCAAUUAUAUGAGUACAAUACGGAUUCAACCGAAGUCAGAUACAAUAAUAUCGAUGGAAAGUUAAUGCACAGUAAUAUCAUAAAAAUGAUUCAACACAGUGGGACUCGCAAGUGGCAAGAUGUCCUGAAUAAAUGUGUCGACAUAGACGAUAUAUCCGCGGAUGCGCUUGUUUUGUAUUUUUCACCGCUGGAAGAAUUCAUCGAAGAUCACGAAGAAAAUUUCGAGUAUAUAUCUGGAGCGACGGCGGAUAAAGAACUUGAAGAAUUGGAGAAACAUAUUUUGCGAGAGAUCAACACUCCCACUACGACGCCCCCGCCUACUACUACUACCGCACACAGAAUAACAACAAAAGCGACAUCGUACAAAACCAAAAGUGACGUGAAAAAUAUGCAAUCAAAGGGAGAAAAAUCUUUAGAAUCGAAAUCAUCCAUAUAUAUGGAGGAUAAGCCGAGAAAUCCCGGAUCGGACUCACCAACACAAGUUCCUUUCAACAAAUCAUCAUCAUUGUCGUCACCCAUGCCCGAUCUUGUAAACGACAUAGAUAAUAAAACAGUAGAGAUUGGUACUAGUAAAGCGGUAUGGGCCGUAAGCGCAGUUCUCAUCGCGAUAGUAGUCAUUAGUAUCAUUGCGAUUUUCGGAAGACGAAGAUGUCGUAAAACGCCAAAAAAUAGACGGUACGUUUAACAGUAUACAUUUUUGUUACUAAAUAUAUUUAUUUCUCGCAUUUAGGAGAAUAUGAUCAUGUAACUUAUUAUCACAACAACGUCUUUUUUCAUUAAGGGAAUCAUUUUCUAAUUUAAUCGCUCUUUCGAGUAUUCGACAACAUCGUGCAUUCCUUAGUAAUGUUCCUUGUACGCUAUGUCCAUUUCUUUGGACAUUACUAAUCAAUUAGCUCAAUCACGUUUGCCUUGUAUCUCUACCUCCAAAUCUUAUUCAGGAAUGAGCUUUCAGCUACUCCUCUGAUAUCACAAAAGUCUUGAUACUAGAUGUAUUUGUCGAUUCAUCCAUCAAUUAUCCUAUCAUUCUAGGUAAUUGCAACAAUUGCAACAUUUAUACGAUUAGUAUCGGGCAUAAAGGAUCCUAAACGAACGAAUUACAAUUUUUUACACACUCAUUGAUGUAAUAACAUCAAUAUAUAUAUGUAUACAAAAUAUGGUUAUUGUAUACAUGUGUGUGUGCGCGUGUGUGUAUAUAUGCACGCACACGCACACACACACGUGUAUAUUUCCUGAUUUGUAAUGCCAAAUCUAUACCUCAACGACUGGUUUAGUGCUCCCUAGUCAUAUUAUGAUUAUAGCACGUGUUAAGAAGUUAUACAGGUGUUGUAUAUAAUUGAUAGUUGCAAAGAGACAAGAGAGUGUAGGUAAUUAAGAUUAUAGAGCUUUUAUACAUAAUGAUAAGAGUCAUUAUGUAAGGUUUAAUAUUUCAGCGUACUUAGUAUAAGUAGACUAUUUUCCUAUAAAUAUUAUAGUAUUGUCUUCAAGUAUCGUGCUUGUGCGUUGUUUACAUAUCACUGUGAAAAAUUUAUAUUUUUUUAUCUUGUACAUCUUGUCUUGUACCUAUCUGUUUAUAGAACAAUAAAAUAUUCCAUAGUUAAAACAUGAUUCGAUAAUCAAUGCGAUUGUGCCAAAGAAAUCGCGUGGUUUUGCUUAUAACUACUUAAAUUAUAUAUAUACACACAUAAUUGAAAGUAUAAGAAUAGUAGAAGUACAGAGUGAAACAUACUGUAUCUAUUAAUUACAUAAAUAAAUAUUUCAUUAUUCAAAUAAAA